GAGGACAGAAUCUGGGACUGAGAAGCCACCACAUCGCUUGUCUGCACAACUCCUUGCCCACGGUACUGAUGGCAGCUCUAUCAGCUGUAUCAGCAGAUGUAAUGACCUGCAGACCCACAGUCUCCUACUAUCAGAUAAACCCAUGUCAAUGACUCAGAUACAGAGAAACCACUCGCUGAUGGACACUCUCUUUAAAAAGCACUCACACGCAGAGGAGUUGCACCUUUGGGACACCAUAAAGAAUGGAUCGAAUAGUAGAAACUUCUUCAAAGUGACCGUCUAUCUCCAGAGCCAGAGUAACAUCUCUACGAAAGGCUGCCUAGGGCUUUGGCUCAGAUUUACUGCCUGCCAUUUGCUGCUUGAUACCCUCCUUCAGAAUCAAGCCAGCCCUGCCAGAAGCCAUGGAAACAGGAGCUUGGAGCAGGGCCCAGCAAAAUGGCUUGGAGGGUAAAGGUUCUUAUUGUGCAAACCUCAUUAAUUCCUGGGACCCAAAUAAAGGUGGAAGAAAAGACUUGUCUCCGUUAAGUUAUCCUCUGACCUCCAUAAGCGGACCACAAGUGCGCCAUGGCACAUGGAACCCCCAUCACACGCGUACAAGCUUGAUGAUAUUAAAUAAAAAUAAAGAUUUU